AUGGUAUUUUGGGGGAACAAGGUGGCAAUAGGUGCAGUAGGGGCUAUCCCAGCUCUUAUUGAUUUGCUCUACCAGGGCACUCCAAGAGGAAAGAAAGAUGCGCCUACUGCUAUUUUUAACCUCUCAAUAUAUCAAGGAAACAAGGUGAGGUCUUUAAGGUCCGGGAUUGUGCCACCUUUGAAGAGAUUUCUUAAGGAUGCUGGGGUGGAAUGA